AUGGAGCAGUUCGUCAGGAAGCGCCUGACCUUCCUGACAUCCUUCUGGAACAAGCUCCGUCCCCGCUCCGUGACGGAGAGCUGCUCGCUGGGGUAUCUUGGCUCUGAUUCCGUUUCGCUCAACUCGGAGGCGACUUCCAUUUCCUUCAUCCCCAAGUCCUCUCUCUGUAUCGCUUUGUACGCUUUCACAGCCCGCAGCGCCGAGGAGCUGAGCAUAAGCGCAGGGGACAAACUGCGCGUCCUCAGAGAAGAGGGCGAGUAUGUCCUGGCCCGGCGGCUGCUGGGGGAGCCGGCCACGGGCUACGUCCCUGCUGCCUACGUGGCCAACCUCAGCCAGGGCAGCUCCGCUCACCGCCCCUGGUACUUCAGCAAGAUCAGCCGAAACGAGGCGGAGCAGCUCCUCCUCUCGCCUCCCAACCAGCACGGCUCCUUCCUCGUCCGGGACAGCGAGAGCAGCAAGGGCGAAUACUCCCUCUCAGUGCGCAACCACGGCAAGGUCAGCCACUUCCGAAUCUGCAAGAGCCCCCGGGGCAGCCUCUACAUCCAGAGGGGACACCUCUUCCCCAGCAUGGAGGAGCUCCUCGCCUUCUACACGGAGCACUGGAAGGUGAUCCAGAGCCCCCUGCUGCAGCCCUGCAGCCCUGCGACUCCCCCCGAGAGGGACGGCUGGGAGCGCCCGCGCUGGGAGUUCACCCUGCGGAGGAAGCUGGGAGAGGGAUACUUUGGAGAGGUGUGGGAAGGGCUGUGGAGGAACACGGUGCCAGUGGCCAUCAAGAUCAUUAAAGCUGACAUGAAAGCAGAAGACUUCACCAAGGAGAUUCAGAACCUGAAGCGCCUGAGGCAUGAGAAGCUGAUCCAGCUGCACGCCGUGUGCUCCCUGGAGGAGCCCGUGUACAUCAUCACCGAGCUCAUGCGCAAAGGCAACCUCCACAGCUACCUCAACAGUCCUGAAGGGAAGUCCCUGGGCACCUCCCACCUGCUCAACAUCGCCUGCCAAGUGGCAGAUGGGAUGAGGUACCUGGAGGAAAAGCACAUUGUCCACCGGGAUCUGGCAGCCAGAAACAUCCUGGUUGGAGAGGAACUCACCUGCAAAAUCGCUGAUUUCGGACUUGCCCGGCUCCUCAAGGAUGACAUUUAUUCCACCAGCAGCAGCACCAAAAUCCCGGUGAAGUGGACGGCCCCGGAGGCAGCCAACUACCGCACCUACUCCCUCAAGUCUGACGUCUGGUCCUAUGGGAUUCUGCUCUACGAGGUCUUCACGUAUGGACAGAUCCCAUAUGAAGGAAUGACAAACCAGGAAACCGUACGGCAAAUCACCAGGGGCUACCGCCUCCCCCGGCCCAGCCCCUGCCCCCCCGAGAUCUACAGCAUCAUGCUGGAGUGCUGGAGUGGCAACACGGAGGAGCGUCCCACCUUCCUGGCCCUGCGGGAGAAGCUGGGCUUCAUCUACAGGCGGCUGCUCAGCUCCCUCUCCUGAGGAUCCCCUUCCCACCAUCCUCCCCGCACAAGCCCCUCCAGGCCAGCUCUUGCCAAGAAGUUCCUUCCUUCUGGUUUGCCCUCUGACAGGGCUACGAGGAAAGCACAUCCCCCCAGAAAACAGCCCAUGGUCCCUCACAGUCAGGGUGCAGGGAGGUGGCCAAGGGAGAAAGCAACAAGUUUUGGAGAACAGGUUGCCAGCUUGGCUGUGUAACAGUUUGGAGAAGCCCCACGGAGGCUUCACUCAAAGUUUACAUCUUCGUUCACUCAGUAGGGUGGGAGGUCCCUGCUGCACCCCACACAAACGUGAAGGUCUGCAGUUCAUGUUCAGUUGUGGCUCUGCUUGAUUCAUCUUGUAGUGUGUGUUUGGUGUAUUUAUCAAUAAAUGUGUGUGCAUCCACCCGCAGGAGUCCUUGCAGGGGUGCUGGAUGCUCCUCCCUCAACACGCUGCUCCACUCCCUCCCAGGAAUCCUGGAAUGGCUUGGGUUGGAAGGGCCCUAAAGCUCAUCUUGUUCCAAACCCCCUGGCAUGGACAGGGACACCUUCCACUAGAGCAGGUUGCUCUAAGCCCUGUCCAGCCUGGAUGUGAACACUUCAAGGAACCCACCAAGGAUAGGUUUAAGGAAGCACUGAUUUCCAACCAGUCCCACUCUUGUAGCCGCAGAUAAAACCAUUCUUGUAUCUCUUUGGACUCCAUUCACCCAAGUACCUCUGUGUGCCUCUGCCACCCCUUUCCCAGGCAGCAGCCCCACAUGCCCUGAGGACUCUGCAGUCAGCUCCUGACUGGGCUGCUCUGCUCUGGAACCUUGUCCCCUCACCAUCGUGUGGUUAUUCCAAGGAAAAUGAAUCUCUGUGUUCUGAGUGCCUCCUCAUGCCAGGUGCAGGCAGCAAAGCUAAAAACCUGCAUCACCCUGCUUAGCUCUUUAUCCCAUGCAUGGGGCAAGCCAAGAGAUACUCCCCCCACCCCCAGCUCCUCCCUAAUCCCAGGAUAUGGCAUUGCAGGGGGACCUCGAGCCUCUGGUCCCUCCCAAGCCAGGGCAGAGUUUGCUGCAGCCAAGUCCCUGUUGCCCCCUGCCCAUAAACACUCCCAGAGGCUGGACUGUCCUUGGCAGCAGUGGAAGGGCACAUGGAAAAGCAGGAAUUGGAGCAAUCCCAAGGCUCCAGGCUGGUGCAGGCAGGGCCAGGCCAAGUGGGGCUGUUGGGCCCUAACACAGCUGUGGCACUGGUGGCAGGAGCAGACAGGCUGUGGGUGAAAGGCAACUGGCAGAGGUUUAGAAUUCCUCCUGACAAGCCCAUGUUGCCGCUUUGCAGGUGACCAGUGGGACUGAGCCAACAGCAACGUUGGAAUUUAUAAAGUUAAUAAAGUUUAUGCAACACUC